UAUACUUUCAAUAUUUGUAUACUCUGCUGUAUAGAUAUAUCAGUUUACUGCGUUUAUGUGAUAUUAUUAUGAUAAUUGAAGUUUGAAAAAAGUGUCCUGUUGAAUAUUAUCUUGUAUAAUAAUAAUUAUUGUGAUUAACAGUCGAUAUAUUUUUCAAAAAUGGAAAAUGUUGGAAAAGUUAUUGAGCUUCUACAAAGAAGAAGAGCUGUCCGUGAAAAACAUUUUGCAAAUGUAGAAAAUAGUCAAGUUGAAGAAUAUAAUAAUUUGAUGGAAACAUUACAGACUCUGAAAGAUGAUAGGAAUGAGUGUAAAGAAGAUAUUAAUAAGAAUCUUCAACGUUUGACAGCACACAAGCACUCAAUAUAUAAACUUAUUCAUAAUUCAGAAAAUACUCCAGGAUUGCCAGUUUCUCAUGAUCAUCAUCGACAAACAAUAAUGCUUUUAUCUGAAGGAAUUGAUUUCAUAAAUAAAUUGCAAAAUGUUUAUAAAAAUUUUGAUAAUGAAAACAAAGAAAAUAAUGUGAAUUCUGUAAAUCUUAUUCAUAAUAUUACAUCUUGUACAAAUUCUGUAGGAAGUGAACUUCAUAAAAUAAAAUCAUUAAUUGCGGAAAUACAAAUAUUACAGAAUAAUGUGGAUUUAUUGAAUAAGUUAAAGCAAGAGUAUUACUUAAAUGCUAGUGAUGAGGAUAUGGACAUCUAAAGAGUGCUAAGUAUACUUUACAUAAGAAAAUUACAUUUUGUUAUUAUAGCAUUAAAAAAAUAAUAUUUUGUAAUUACAUUUUUUUAUUUUUAUUGGUACAGUAUUAACACAGAAAACUAUUAACUGUCAAAUAUUUGCGUGUAUUUGUUAAUAGAGUCGAUUUCAUCAUUAAUAUCUAAUGUUAGCAUAGUUAAAUUUGGAUCUAUAUUCUGUAAAAAAAUGUGUUAAAUCAAUAGGACUUUUAUAAAUAAAUUUUUUAAGAAAUCAAAACAA